AUGCGCCUCAGCCACGCAAACAAGAUCCUCCUCGGCUCGUGUGUCGUCGUCGUGCCACUGAGCUUCUACGGCGGCCUGGCCAUCAAGGAACAUUACCUCGCAGGCGAGCUCGACAAGGUCCCCGAAAGCAAGGAUCUGGUCUCGGAGCGCGCGGUCAAGGCCCGCAUCGUGCAAUUGGAGCAGGAGCGCAAGGAGCUCAUGGGCGAGGGCCGGGACUUGGAUAAGAAGAUUGCAGAGAUCAAGGCGCGCCUCGCGACAAAGUCAUGUGAGGAGGCACAGGGGAACAAGGGCUGA